AUGGCGUCGUUCCCCAAGAUCGUCAAGAAGCACGCCAAGGCGUUCAAGAGACACCACUCCGACAGAUACGCCCGUAUCUCGCGCUCGGGCUGGAGAUUGCAAAAGGGUAUCGACUCGGCCCAAAGAAGAAGAUUCAGAGGGUGCACCGGUCCCCAACCCAACAUUGGUUUCGGUUCCAACAAGAAGACCAAGUACUUCUCGCCCAACGGCCUCAAGACCUUCCUCGCCAAGAACGAAAAGGACUUGGACUCGUUGUUGAUGACCAAGGAGUUCGCCGUCACCAUCGCCGCCGCCGUCUCCGCCCGCAAGCGCGUCGGCAUCCUCGAAAAGGCCAAGAAGAUGGGCCUCGUCGUCACCAACGCCAAGGCCAAGCUCCACUUGCAAGCUUAA